UAAAAAAGAAAGUUAGAUUGGAAGACAAAAAAAGUGAGAAAGCAGGGGCAGCGUAUGGAGUAGUAAAGCAAAAACUGUAGAGGCAGAAACCCUCGGAUUUUGUUGAUCCAAUUGUUGUUGUUGGUGGUGGUAGUGUUCCUUGCAUGCAAUUGGCAUGUCGUUGUCGAUGGUUCACCCUUCGGUUCACCCUAUUGAAGCGCCACCGGUGACCGACCAUGCAAUUGCCAUGCCCAGACACACUUUGAAGGACACGCAGGGCAUGCCCGGCACCCUCGGCGGCUUCCUCCUCCGCUUCCUUCAGUUCUCCUUCGCCGUCGUUUCCCUCUCCGUCAUGGCCACCACCUCCGAUUUCCCUUCCGUCACCGCCUUCCGCUACCUAGUUGCUGCUGUCAGCCUGCAAAGCUUGUGGAGCCUCUCUUUGGCAGUUGCUGAUAUAUAUGCCAUUUUAGUAAGGCGUGGAUACCGAAAUGUGAGAAUUGUCCGAUUAUUCUCUAUCGGUGAUGGGAUUACUUCCACACUUACAUUUUCUGCAGCCUGUGCGUCUGCUGGUAUCACAGUUCUCAUUGGCAAUGAUUUGAAUGAUUGUGCACAGAACCAUUGCAGCAGGUUUGAGACAGCAACAGCAAUGGCAUUUAUGAGUUGGUUUGCUGCUUCGCCCUCAUUUAUUUUGAAUUUCUGGACACUGGCCUCCAAAUAGAAGCAGCAAAAAAGGGUUUUAGCUAUUUAUAUAUGGCAUAUAACUUUUGAGGAUUGAUGGCCAUGAUUGUAGCAAAUCUUAUUCUAGGGCUUUUUUGAUCCUUUGAAAUGUUGCUGCUCUUCAAUUCAAGGCAUGAACUUGAAAACUUUAGUUGUGAUGUUUAUAUUCUCAAAACGCUGAGAUGGUAACUUUCCACGUAAUUUACAUGGCACAACAUGAAGUUAGGAAGUGGGGGUUACUUAAUGCAACAUAGCAUUAAUUUAGACUUGCAAUGAUUUAGAAUCUUAGAUAGCAAGUUUAUACUAGUGUUAAUGAGUUUCCACAAGUUUAUGCAAACUUAUUGCGCCUUA